AUGGAUGCUAGAGCCGAGCAUAUAUCUCAACCCCAGAAAGGCAAUUGCAACUUGGCAAGACAACCGUGCCAGCAUAGCGCCCAGCACCCAGCCCGUAGACCGUGGCAAAUAUUCAACCCCCACGCGCAACAAAAGAGCAAUAAGAAAAAUCCCCAAAAAGUCAAGCCCGAAGGCUUCUAUUCUCACUCCGAUAGGGGGAAUCGAACCCCCGGCUGCCGUGCACCAAGGAAAUUGAGAGACGGCGAUGUUAGCCACUACACCAUAUCGGACGUUGCAUGGAAAGAGCCUGUUCAAAACGCCGAUAUGAGCCAGGUCAAACCCCCCAGACAGAAAAGGCAAAACAUCAGUCUACCGCAAAAGAAAAUGAGCUCCGAUAGGGGGAAUCGAACCCCCGGCUGCCGUGUGAGAGACGGCGAUGUUAGCCACUACACCAUAUCGGAAUCUGUUGCAGGACGGUUAAUUGUAACGCCAUCUCAACUAAAACCGAGGCAUGACGCAGAGGCUAUCUCAUAA